AUGACGAGAUAGUCUGAGAACCAGCUAUAUGAUGCUGUUCCAAUCCAGCCUAGUGUGGUAUUAUGCUCCUGUUCAUCCCCAUCAAUGGUGAGGAACCAAGCAGAUUCCAGCACUCCAUCUGUCAUUUCCACCUGUGGCAGCAGACAGGGGUCUAACAUGGAGGGCACUGCAGCUGAAUCCAGAUCUAGUUCAAACUCCUUGCAGCAGCAUACAGCACAGCAGCCUCCACAGCCUCGAAAGAAACGACCUGAUGACUUCAAAUUUGGGAAAAUCCUGGGUGAAGGAUCUUUUUCAACGGUUGUCUUGGCUCGAGAAUUGGCAAGUUCUAGAGAAUAUGCCAUUAAAAUUCUAGAAAAGCGUCAUAUCAUAAAAGAAAACAAGGUGCCAUAUGUGACACGGGAGAGAGAUGUAAUGUCCCGUCUGGAUCACCCUUUUUUCGUGAAACUCUACUUCACCUUUCAGGAUGAUGAAAAGCUAUAUUUUGGGCUUAGCUAUGCUAAAAAUGGAGAGCUGCUAAAGUAUAUACGCAAAAUUGGCUCAUUCGAUGAGACCUGUACCAGGUUUUAUACUGCUGAAAUUGUAUCAGCCCUGGAGUAUUUGCAUGGGAAGGGAAUAAUUCACAGGGACCUUAAGCCAGAGAACAUCUUACUAAAUGAAGAUAUGCAUAUUCAAAUAACAGAUUUUGGAACAGCAAAAGUAUUAUCUGCAGACAGCAGACAAGCUCGGGCAAACUCAUUUGUAGGGACAGCACAGUAUGUUUCUCCAGAACUGCUGACAGAGAAAUCUGCCUGUAAGAGCUCUGACCUCUGGGCUCUGGGCUGCAUAAUAUAUCAGCUUGUAGCUGGAUUGCCUCCAUUUAGAGCUGGAAAUGAAUAUCUUAUAUUCCAGAAGAUAAUAAAGUUGGAAUAUGACUUUCCAGAAAAAUUUUUUCCCAAGGCGAAAGAUCUUGUUGAAAAGCUGUUGGUCCUGGAUGCUACCAACAGAUUAGGUUGUGAAGAAAUGGGAGGCUAUGGACCUCUUAAAGCUCACCCCUUCUUUGAAUCAAUUGUGUGGGAGAACCUACAUCUACAGACACCCCCAAAACUUACUGCAUAUUUACCUGCCAUGUCAGAGGAUGAUGAAGACUGUUAUGGAAAUUAUGACAAUCUCCUGAGUCAGUUUGGUUGCAUGCAAGUUUCUAGUUCUGCAUCUUCCCAGUCACUGUCUGCCCCAGAGAUAAGUACACCACAGACAUCAGGAGGAAAUAUUGAGCAGUAUAUUCAUGAUCUUGACAACAAUUCCUUUGAGCUGGACUUACAGUUUUCUGAAGAUGAAAAGAGAUUACUUCUGGCAAAACAAGCUGGUGGAAAUCCUUGGCAUCAGUUUGUAGAAAAUAACUUAAUCCUAAAAAUGGGCCCAGUGGACAAAAGAAAGGGAUUGUUUGCACGUCGGCGCCAAUUGCUGCUCACAGAAGGGCCCCACCUGUAUUAUGUGGAUCCUGUCAACAAAGUUCUAAAAGGAGAAAUUCCAUGGUCUUUAGAGUUGCGGCCAGAAGCCAAGAAUUUUAAGACAUUUUUUGUUCACACACCAAACAGGACAUAUUACCUGAUGGACCCGAGUGGGAAUGCUCAUAAGUGGUGCAAAAAGAUACAUGAAGUUUGGCGGCACAGAUACCACCAGAAUUCUGCUAAAUAGUAAAGCUCAUCCAAAAUUUCCCAGUUUCCCUUCUUGCUGCUAGAACUCCGUGUGCAGCCGAUCAGAGGAAUCUUUUCAACCCACCUAUUGCCAUCUCAAGGGGAAGCAUAUGUCUGAAAUAUUCUAUUGUUUUUUUUCUAAAAAA